AGGGGAGGAAGAGCCUUCCAGGCAGUGCAGAGAGCAAGUGCGUAGCCCCAGCGCAGGGUUGUGUGUGCCACUGGAUAGGAGUAGCCCCAGCGCAGGGUUGUGUGUGCCACUGGAUAGGAGUAGCCCCAGCGCAGGGUUGUGUGUGCCACUGGAUAGGAGUAGCCCCAGCGCAGGGUUGUGUGUGCCACUGGAUAGGAGUAGCCCCAGCGCAGGGUUGUGUGUGCCACUGGAUAGGAGUAGCCCCAGCGCAGGGUUGUGUGUGCCACUGGAUAGGAGUAGCCCCAGUGCAGGGUUGUGUGUGCCACUGGAUAGGAGUAGCCCCAGUGCAGGGUUGUGUGUGCCACUGGAUAGGAGACGGAGAGAGACAGGUGAGUGGUGAGGGUCCGGGUGUGGGGGCUUUGGGGAACUUCCCAGACUUUGGUUUUUACUGUUGCUGACGCUGGGAGCUGUAGCAGCUGCUGGUGUCACUUUACAAGGCCCACUCCUGUGUUGAGGACCCACUACGGGUGAGCACAGGAGUGGCAGACAGAGAUGAGUUAAGGGGUUAGCAUAGCCACCCAGUGAGAGACGUCAGAGGCUGGGACCAGGAUGGGGGCAGAGGAGACAGCGGCAACGGCUAGAUUCUGGAGGAAUCUGAAGGUGGGGCCAAGAGGAUUGGGGGUAGAUGGGGUGUGAGAGAAAGGGAGGGAGAGCGCCUGGGCGGCUGGAGGGAUGGUAGGGCAUCCCCGAGCUUCAUUUCCUGCCCAGACGCUCCCCUCUGUGGCCUCCUUUCCUCCGGGGCCUCGCCAGCUCUCACCCUCCCUCCACUCUACCUCCCUCCUCUGGAAGAUGUCGGAGUCUAGGGCAGCCUGCAGUUGCAGAAGCCCACACUCCAUCCCCUCUCGGGACCCAGGAUGGGAAGGAGGAGCCUCAUGUCUGUAGGGACAAUCUGGGUGGGUAGGGGAUGGCGGGGCAAGGGCCUGGCCCUGUAUGAUGGCACUCCUUCCCAGGCCUACGGCAUUGUGUGGAAGGCAGUGGACCGAAGGACUGGUGAGGUCGUGGCCAUCAAGAAAAUCUUUGAUGCUUUUAGGGAUAAGACAGAUGCCCAGAGAACAUUCCGGGAAAUCAUGCUCCUCCAGGAGUUUGGGGACCAUCCCAAUAUCAUCAGCCUCCUUGAUGUGAUCCGGGCAGAGAACGAUAGGGACAUUUACCUGGUGUUUGAGUUUAUGGACACUGACCUGAACGCAGUCAUCCGGAAGGGCGGGCUGCUGCAGGACGUCCACGUGCGCUCCAUCUUCUACCAGCUUCUGCAGGCCACCCGGUUCCUCCACUCGGGGCACGUUGUGCACCGGGACCAGAAGCCGUCCAAUGUGCUCCUGGAUGCCAACUGCACAGUGAAGCUGUGUGACUUUGGUCUGGCCCGCUCCCUGGGCGACCUCCCUGAGGGGCCUGAAGACCAGGCCUUGACAGAGUACGUGGCCACACGCUGGUACCGAGCUCCGGAGGUGCUGCUGUCUUCACACCGGUACACCCUUGGGGUGGACAUGUGGAGUCUGGGCUGUAUCCUGGGGGAGAUGCUGCGGGGGAGGCCCCUGUUUCCGGGCACGUCCACCCUCCACCAGCUGGAGCUGAUCCUGGAGACCAUCCCACCGCCAUCCAAGGAGGACCUCCUGGCUCUUGGCUCAGGCUGCCGUACCUCUGUGCUGCACCGCCUGGGGUCCCGGCCACGACAGACGCUGGACGCCCUCCUACCGCCAGACACUUCCCCAGAGGCCUUGGACCUCCUUAGGCGACUCCUGGUGUUCACCCCAGACAAGCGGUUAAGCGCCACCCAGGCACUGCAGCACCCCUACGUGCAGAGGUUCCACUGCCCCAGUGAUGAGUGGGCACGAAAGGUACAUGUGCAGCUCCGGGCACGCGAAGGGGUCCAGCUCUCUGCGCCUGAGUACCGCAGCCGCGUCUAUCAGAUGAUCCUGGAGUGCAAAGGCAGCAACGGCACCUCAAGAGAGAAGGGCCUGGAGGGUGUCUCCCCGUCCCAGGCACACCUGCACAAACCCAGAGCUGACCCGCAGCUGCCUUCCGGGACACCUGUGCAGGGCCCCAGACCCAGGCCUCAGAGUAGCCCGAGCCAUGACCCCCCCGAGCACGAGUUCCCCCGUGCAGCCAAGAACACCCCCAGGCAGAACUCCGCUCCCAGGCUCCAGCCUGCACUCCUAGGGAGCAGGGAAAGGCCCCCCGGGGCGAAGGAAGAGCCCCCCUUGACAUUCUUGCUGGAGAAGCCAGGCCGGAGGGGAGCUGCGCCUUCCCUGACCUCACAGGCUGCAGCUCAGGUGGCCAACCAGGCUCUGAUCCGGGGUAACUGGAACCGGGGUGGUGGGGUGAGGGUGGCCAGCACACAACAGGUCCCUCCCCGGCGUCCUCCGGAGGCCCGGCCCGGCCGGAGGAUGUUCAGCACCUCUGCCUUGCAGGGUGCCCAGGGGGCCGCCAGGGCUCUGCUUGGAGGCUACUCCCAAGCCUAUGGGACUGUCUGCCACUCGGCACUGGGCCACCUGCCCCUGCUGGAGAGGCACCGUGUAUGAGCUGCCCUACUCCCUUCACCUGGCCCCCUGUUCCUGCCCCGGCCCCUUCCCCAGACCCCUCCCCAAUAUCCUGCACCCCUUAGCCCUCCCUGCUUUGCCAGGCCACGUUGAAGUUCCAGGGAGCUCGCCUGGGUCUCCUCGGGGGAGCAGAUGAGGGCCCUGCCCCAGCCCCAGUGAUUUCCUCCAAUAAAGUCAUGUCUGCCCCCAA